GUCAUUGACCACUCACGAUAGCGAUGCCAGUGAUGAAGCUGACAACAACUCUGAGUACACUCCAACGGAGCCACCUGAAGAACCUGGACCUGCUAAAGUACCACGGAUUGGAGUCGACGAACCACAUUCUCCAUCUUUGCCAAUGCCCUUGGAGCAUGAGAGAAAGGAAGGCGACCCUUCGGGGGAUGUUUUGCCAGAAGCUGAAAAGCUUGUGAAAAAGGAAGGUGACCCUACGGGGGAAAUCGAUGAAAGUUAUAAAGAAAAGGCCGGAGAAACUUUUGCUGAAAAGGCCAAGCGAUUCAGUCAACAAGAGACCAUUUCUUUUGGGCCAUCCAGAGCAAAAGCUUCGACAGAGUCUCGAUCGACUCCCUACGGCAACAAGCCUCUCAGCGAUGACUUUGCACUCACCUCGCAGGAGAUCGGCAUUGAUCUUUUGAAUGACUGUCAGCUUCCUGAUGGCUGGCAUUGUGAAGAUGGUUUUGUGGUCAUGGGAGAAGUGCAUGACAUGUGGGAACUUCGUGGCAACCACCUCAUCUUGAACCACUUCCUGCCACGAGUUGGAACAUAUACUCCGACCACAGAAGACUGCCCUAUCAAGCUGGAGUACCUGACCAAAGAUCGUGAUUCGUAUGAUGGUUCGCAACAUCAUCAUGAUCGCUGGAAGAAGAAAGGCACCACCUCCACUGGUGUCUGGACAGGUCAGACUCGCUUCAAGAUCAACGCCUGUGAUCGAAAAGCUGCCCAUGAACAGUUUUACGCUGACGAGAUCCAAGCAGCAUGUGGCGCUGAUAAGCGCACGGCAAUAGAAACUUUGGUUUGUCAAGACAAACUUCGUGCUUGCCGAGCUUCAGUGAAAUGGGUGAGUUCGGAGAUGCAGUAUGCCGACAGCCUCACGAAGGCUGACAGCUCGCAAUUGCUGGCUGACCGCUUGAGAACGCAUGUCACGAAGAUCACCUCCGACGAAGGCUUUCAAGCUGCAAAGAAAAAGGAUGCCCAUACCCGAAAGCGGAACACAGAGAUGUUUGCUGUGAAGCGUGCUUCUCGAGCCAUGCAGGCUAUGUUCAUGAUGGGUUCCACAACACUUGCGCAAGCAACACAUAACUUCACUACAACCUCAACCUCACCUACUACAAGCCUAUGGGUUCUAUGGGGAACUUUUCUACUUGGUCUUCUGUUUCUUCUCCCCUUCCUUUGGACGAUGGUCCCCUGGAAAAAGCUUUGGCCGAAAGAAGACCCCCCUGACUCAGAGGACAAUGUGACCUUGGCUGAGGACAACACGACCGAUGCAAGUUCUCAGACUGAAGUCUCGAACUUGACCGACUCCUCGACUAUGACGGAGUGGGACCUGCCGACCUUUCAGCGUCGCUUCCGCGAAUGCACCCGACAGCUCGCGGAUUUGCAGGUGAACAGCCAUGUUCUUCACGAAGAACAUCAAGCUCUCAUGGAAGAGCAUGAAGUGACGGUGAAUGACCGUGAAGCGCUCAUCGACGCAUUCAACCAGUUGAAGGAAAAUUUUGAGACAGUCAAAGAGCAGCGCAAUGCCAUGAAGGAGCGCUACAUUGAGAUCCAAAGGAUCUUGCAUGAUGUUCAAUUUGAGAAGGACCAGUUCAUCAAAGAAAGGAUCGUGACGAUCAUGGAGCAACUCGAUCGGCAGAGCUUCUACUUCACAAGAAGCGGCACCGUGUUUCAUCGAGAUCGAGCUUGUUUGGAAUGCCGGUCCAUGCAUGAGAUUCAAGAAAGAGCACCUUGCUCUUUGUGCAUCGGCGCUUUUGGCAGGACAAUGCUGCGCCAAGCCCGCGAAAUCCUUGGCAUCCCCACCAAUGACGACUACUGGUCGUUGAGCUUCCGAAGAGAGAGAAGAGAGGCCGGAUUCGAUGCGGUAUAG